GUCGGUUCUGCUAGUAGUUCUUUAGAAAGCCGUUGCGAGCCAGAUAAAUCAGAACAAAUUUCUGGAGUUCUUGCCUGAUAUUCGAUCCGAAAAUGCAGCACCUUAGGUUUCCUAGCUUGAAGAGCCUUGAUCGCUACAAAUCCUUAGCAGGAUCGGUCACCGGAUCCGCGAAGACCUCCUCGUUCUCUGGCCGUCCCUCGUCGGACAUGAUCUCAUCGGGGAGUUUCGCGAACUUGAAGCUUACUGCAGAGAAAUUGGUGAAAGAGCAAGCCACGGUCAAAACCGAUCUGGAAAUCGCGUGCUCGAAGCUGAAGAAAUCCACCGAGCAUAUUAAUCUGUUGGAGGAAAAACUACAAAAUGCUUUCAAUGAGAAUGCAAAGCUGAAGGUGAAACAGAAAGAAGAUGAGAAGGUGUGGAAAGGAUUGGAAUCUAAAUUUUCUUCAACUAAGACCCUAUGUGAUCAACUUACAGAAACUUUACAACAGCUAGCUCGACAGGUCCAAGACGCUGAAAAAGAUAAGGGAUUUUUUGAAGGAAAACUAUCUGAAAGUUCAGUUGCUGUAGAUAGUUUGAGCCUGCAGAUGAAUAAUUUGUCCCUCAAAUUAGGGUCAGCAGAGGAAACAAUUAGAACUCGUGACAGGGAGCUGCAGGAGGUCAAAACAGAGAAAGAGGAAAUAGACAAGAAGUACAUAGAUGAACAGUGCAGAACUGCCGAUUUAAUGAGAGAAAAAGAUUCUUUGACAAGGAAGUUUGAAGAAACAGUAGCAGCUAAUACACUGGGUGCAGAGAGUUUGAAAUCCAGGUUGGGAGAGGCACAAAUCGAGUUGCGAUCCCAAGAAGAUGAAAUUAGACAUUUGAUGAGCACUCAGGAUAACUUGGUGAAAGAAAAGAGUGAUCUUCAGUCAAGCAAUGAUGACAUUACUAGAAGAUUACAUGUGUUACUCCAAGAGAAAAUAAAUCUUGAAAGUUUCAUUGGUCUGUUAGGAGAACAGUUGGUUGAAUUGGAGAAGCAAAGAGUUACUUUUGCAGAAAAGUUUGAUCAGCUAAACACACUCUAUGAAUCUUGCCUCCAGUUAGUCCAUCAGGAGAGAGAAAUUUUUGCUAAGCAUGUGCAAGCACAACAUGAUCAACUCUACAAGAAGUUCCUCUGUGUAACAUUAGAGAAAGAUUCCUUGAAAGUGAUUAAUCAAGAGUUGAAUGAUAAUAUCAUAGAACUUCACAAAGCCAAAAAGUCUGUUCUGGAACAGCUUUCUGAGGAACGCUGCUUAGCAGAGGAGAGAAUUCAUGGGUUGGAAUCUCAAGCAAAGACUUUGGCCUCAGAGAAGAUUGAAACUGAAACUUUGGUUUCUAAAUUAGAGGGGACUAUUGUCGCUUUGUCUGAAAGUUCAAGGUCAUCUGAAAUUAAAAUGCAAGAUUUAUUGUUGAAAAUUUCGGAGCUGGAAAUGGAGAACAACGACAAUACAGAGAGAUUACAGUCAGAGAUGCAGAAAAAAGUUGAAGAAAUAGAUGGUUUGCAGAAGGAAAUAGAGAAACAUAAGCACUAUGUGGAUUCACUGGAGAAACAAGUUGGCCAGCUUGAUAGCAUCUUAAAAGAGAGGGAACAUCUUAUUUCACAGUACAAGGACAGAGAGAAGAAGAUGGACGAUCAAAUUGCAGAGAAUCAUGUGUCGCUGACUGAUGCUGAAAGCAAACUGGCAGAAGCUAAAAAGCAGUAUGAUCUUAUGCUGGAGAGUAAACAGUUGGAGUUAUCUAGACAUUUGAAAGAUAUAUCUCAGAGGAAUGACCAGGCAAUUAAUGACAUUCGAAAGAAAUAUGAUAUGGAGAAGCUGGAGAUUGUUAAUAUGGAAAAGGAAAAGGCUAACAAAGAUGUCGAAGAAAUGGAGAGAAAAUGUGAACAGAAACUUGAAGACUGCAAGGAAGAAUCAAGACAGCAGUUGAUGCACGUUCAGGAGGAGCAUGCCGCUCUGGUCAUUCGCAUUCAGCAAGAGUUCGAUAAAAAGGAACUCAAACUUAGAGCAGAUCACAGUGAAGAGCUAAAAAGUGUUCAGCUUCAAGCUGAAAGAGAAUUGAGGUAUAAAUCAAUGUCACUCAGAAAUGAACAUGAAGUUCAACUGAAAGCUUUGAGGUCUCAGCACGAAGAUGAGUGUCAGAGGCUUCAAGAGGAAUUGGAUCUGCAGAAGUCAAAAGAAGACAGGCAGAGAGCUUUAUUGCAAUUGCAAUGGAGAGUGAUGGGAAACAAGCUACAAGAAGACCAAGAAGUUAAUUCAAAGAAGGAUCACUCUGUUUCUUCUAUCAAGAUGAGGGGUUCUGGUGGUUGCAAAAAGAGUCAACAUGCUGUGGAUUCACCUUUCCUUGAGGUAACACAAACACCGGUCUCACAGUUACUGAAGAAAGUAGAGAAUGCCAAGUCAGGAAGUGUGAUUGGUAUUCCUAAGCAUCACAAGAAGGUGACUCAUCGUGAAUAUGAAGUUGAAACUUCUAAUGGAAGAACCAUUACGAAACGAAGGAAGACAAAAAGUACAGUUAUGUUCGAUGAUCCGAGGAAACAUAAGAAGAUUAAUACACCAAAAACCAGAACCCCUAGAAGUGUUGUCAAGAGGGUUAAGGGAGGAGGUCAUCCAAAUCCUUCAAAUAUAGGCGAUUUAUUUUCAGAGGGUUCUCUAAACCCAUAUGCAGAUGAUCCCUAUGCCUUUGAUUGAAGAUGAUUUUUAAGUUUCAAGGAAUUGGCCAGCGUGACAUGAAUGGAAUCGAAACUGAGAAGUCGGAAAAUAACACCUUUUGGUUUCUUCUGCAAUGAUAUGCUGAUUACGAAGUAGCAAAAUUUGUAUGGAGCAAGCAUCUUGGCUUCCCUGCAUCAUGCUGAUAUGAAGGUAAUGAAUUGGUCCAUUUUUGUCUGCAAGAGAGAUGAAUUUCUUCUUUUCUUGGAUCUGUCGAUAAGGUUGCAUUGCCUGUCACUCUAAAGUCGUAAAUGUGCAUGUCCUUGUGAUUAGAAAGUGUGGUGGUGUUGACAAAUUCACUUUUACUGAACUCUUGUAUCACUGGAUUGUUUGGGAAUGCACUUCGAUAUUUGUUUUGUGAAUAAAGCCAACUGGAUACAGCGGUGCCAAACAGCAUUAAACAGAUCUAAUUGUUAAAUUAUUCUUUCUUAGUCCUGCAUCGAGCUCAUUCUUAACAGAAU